AGUCCGUCUCAGCAGCGUCUGUCUCUGUUGUCCAGGAGGAGGAGACGGUGGUGGUGGAGGGCGGCUCUCCUCUUCCGGGCCUUCCCACAAGGGAUCUGGGAUCCACAGACAGCCCUGCCUCCCCGGGGCCGCAGCAGGAGGGACCAACACACAUGCCGGCGAUGGCUGCCCAGGACACUGGUCAGGAUCAGCAGGAAAACAGUCAGCCAGGGACGUGGCCGGGAACAGUCGCCACAAGUGGCUAUAAGGGAUUAACACAUUUUCUUUUGUUUUUGAUAAACAAGUUUAUUUGUAAAUUUAGUCAUCAUACAUAACUAACCAAACCUUCAAUAUAUUUUGAGACCCCCUUGGCAGGCUGUCUCCAUAAAAGUGACUUUCCCAGGAGAGUGACCAGAUGUGACUGGCCAACACCGUCUUAGCCCGCAGGGGUUCCUGGCGAAGGAGCCUCACGUCCCUCCCCACAGUGAGUUUUCAGAAUCCAAAGGCCGUAGGAGAAAGAACGCUGGUGGUGCUUCCUCUUAGACGGGAGAAACUUGGCCUGGGUAGGAGACCCAGCCCCACGCCGGGAAGUCGCUCCAAUGCUUCCAGUGUGCGCGGCCGGUGUGGCGGCGGAGAAUAUGGUUUGUCCUGGAGCCUGACCCUGUCUGUGUUGGUGUCAGCAGUGGCCCCCCCAAUAUACACACACAGGGUCCCUGGCAUCCCAAGACUACUCCCGGCAGCCCCGCCGCUGGCUGCGCCUGGAAGCUGCGUCCUCAGGCCUCGCCUGGCAUUUGCUGACACAGAGGUUGCGCCCUUGGGUCCGUCCAUCCUCACCCCUCCAGCCUUGGUGCACCCCACCCUGUCUCAUUCCCUCCACCACACUCAGCAUAGUCCAGGAGGCUGGGGUCCAAGAGGGCCACGGCCGGCACCCGGCUUUGUGCUGAGUCCCCAGUGCCCAGCAAGCCUGGCGCCCAGGAGGUGCUCAGCAAACGCUUCGGAAGGACGGGAAGUGGGACUCUUCACCCAUCAGUGAUCCACUGCACAGCCACAGGCCCGGAAGGCUCCCAGAUGUCGCCGCACCACAGGCCCGGAAGGCUCCCAGAUGUCCCCGCAUCACAGGCCCGGAAGGCUCCCAGCUGUGAGACACGCUCAUGUGGUCUCAGGGGCCCACGCCCUCGGACCUUCUUGUCCUUCCAAGGGCUCUGCUGUCCUUCUGCACUCGGGGUCCUCAGUGCCCGCCGCCGCCGGCAGCUCCGUGGUGUCCGAGUCCGCGGUGAGCUGGGCGGCGGGCGCCCGGGCGGUGCUGCGCUGCCAGAGCCCGCGCAUGGUGUGGACCCAGGACCGGCUGCACGACCGCCAGCGCGUGCUCCACUGGGACCUGCGCGGCCCCGGGGGCGGCCCUGCGCGGCGCCUGCUGGACUUGUACUCGGCGGGCGAGCAGCGCGUGUACGAGGCGCGGGACCGCGGUCGCCUGGAGCUCUCGGCCUCAGCCUUCGACGACGGCAACUUCUCGCUGCUCAUCCGCGCGGUGGAGGAGACGGACGCGGGGCUGUACACCUGCAAUCUGCACCACCACUACUGCCACCUCUACGAGAGCCUGGCCGUCCGCCUGGAGGUCACCGACGGCCCCCCGGCCACCCCCGCCUACUGGGACGGCGAGAAGGAGGUGUUGGCGGUGGCGCGCGGCGCGCCCGCGCUCCUGACUUGCGUGAACCGCGGGCACAUGUGGACCGACCGGCACGUGGAGGAGGCGCAGCAGGUGGUGCACUGGGAUCGGCAGCCGCCCGGGGUCCCGCACGACCGCGCGGACCGCCUGCUGGACCUGUACGCGUCGGGCGAGCGCCGCGCCUACGGGCCCCUUUUCCUGCGCGACCGCGUGGCCGUGGGCGCAGACGCCUUUGAGCGCGGUGACUUCUCGCUGCGCAUCGAGCCGCUGGAGGCCGCCGACGAGGGCACCUACUCCUGCCACCUGCACCACCACUACUGCGGCCUGCACGAACGCCGCGUCUUCCACCUGACGGUCGCCGAACCCCACGCGGAGCCGCCCCCCCGGGGCUCUCCGGGCAACGGCUCCAGCCACAGCGGCGCCCCAGGUCCAGACCCCACACUGGCUCGCGGCCACAACGUCAUAAACGUCAUCGUCCCCGAGAGCCGAGCCCACUUCUUCCAGCAGCUGGGCUACGUGCUGGCCACGCUGCUGCUCUUCAUCCUGCUGCUGGUCACCGUCCUCCUGGCCGCCCGCAGGCGCCGCGGAGGCUACGAAUACUCGGACCAGAAGUCGGGAAAGUCAAGGGGGAAGGAUGUGAAUUUGGCGGAGUUCGCUGUGGCUGCAGGGGACCAGAUACUUUACAGGAGUGAGGACAUCCAGCUAGCCUGCUCUCCUCCCACAGAUUACAAAAACAACAUCUUGAAGGAGAGGGCGGAGCUGGCCCACAGCCCCCUCCCUGCCAAGUACAUCGACCUAGACAAAGGGUUCCGGAAGGAGUACUGCAAAUAGGGGGACCCUGGGCUCCUGGCUGGGCCAGCAGCUGCAUCUUUCCUGUCCGUGCCCCUCGGGGCAUCUCCUGGUGCUCCCGGGCUCACCCCCUUCCAGCGGCUGGUCCCGCUUUCCUGGAAUUUGGUCUGGGCAUAUGCAGAAGUGGCAGCACAGCCCCCACCCCUUCGGCCUUUGCUCACGGGUGGCCCUGCUCACCCCAGACACAACCAAAAUCCCACUGAUGCCCAGCAUGCCCUCAGACCCUCCUGGGCUCUGCCCACUGGGGGCUGGAAGACACUCCCAUCAGAACCUGGCAGCCCCAAAACUGGGGUCAGCCUCAGGGCAGGAGUCCCACUCCUCCUGGGGUGCUGCCCGCCAUCGAGAGCUCCCGAGGGCUCCUCCGCCUGUACCAUGCAGGACUCCAGGAACCAUCUGUUCUCCCCAGGGACCUGGUGACUUGGUGAAUGCCAGCCCUUGCCCCUCUCUGCUGCUUUGGGCCACCUGGGGCUGCACCCCCCGCCGUUUCUCUGCUUCCACCCCUACCCUAGCCUUGCUCUCAGCCACCUUGACAGUCACUGGGCUCCCUGUGACUUCUGACCCUGACACCCCUCCCUUGGACUCUGCCUAGGCUAGAGUCUAGGACUGGGGCCACAUUUGGCUUCUGUACUGGCUGAGAACAGGGGAGGGGGUGAAGGUGGCUUGGGGUGGCCUAUGUUGCCACUCUCAGCACCCCACAUUUGCACCUGCUGGUGGACCUGCCACCAUCACAAUAAAAGCCCCAUCUGAUUUUUA